AUGCCGUGGGAGGAUCAAGGUGUGGAGAUGGAAUCUGCGGAUUCCUCCGAAGAACUAUCUUACGUAAUGAAUUCCCCAAUUUUAUCCAACGUAGAAGAGAAUUCUGGAAUAUUCUCGAAUUCUAGCAAUUUUGCAAUUGAUAAUUCUGAUCAUGCGCACAGUAGCCUCAUCAACUACUCAGUCUAUAAUUGUUACUUUUAUGGCCAAAUUGCCAACGUGAUAAAGGCCUCAAUGUGUUGGAGCAUGUUUGGGGUUAUUGUUACCUUUUUUACUGAAUCCAACCAUGGAAUCUCCUUAGUGCGUUUGGUCUUCAAUUUGUCCAUCAUACUUUCAUCUCCCUUUGCCAGCAUAUUAGCGGGACGAACAAAUAUAAAAACUAUCCUCUCAAUUACUACUGUUAUUAGAACCAUAAUUUGGUCCAUUAUGGUUCCUCUGUUUUGGUAUUAUUUGGAUUAUAAAUGUGGGUACAAAAGGUGUUUCUUCUUCAACUUCUUGUGCUUUAUGUUUAUUGAUGGGCUACAAGUUUCCUUUUCAAAUAUAGUUGACAUCGAUUGCGGAGGAUUUGACAGUCUAAGCUUGCAAUACGAUGUACCUCUUUCUUAUACCACACGGUACAGACUAAAUACUGUACACCAGAUAGUCUUUGAUUUAUCAUUCUUUGUCGUAUCUCUACCCGUGGCGUACUCAAUUUACCGUUAUUCAUUGGCAUACCCUCAAAAUGAAACACUAGCUUUUGCUUUGGGAAUGCCUAUCAUUUUUUUACUCUUGGGUCUUAUAUCGCUAAGUUUCUAUCUGUUCGGACUGCCUAACUCUCCGUGCCAAGAAUAUCGCAAUGAAAUUACCAUUAUUCGUUCAUACAGCUUCAAGUUGGUACUGUUACAGCGUUUAAGAGACAUUUUUGAAGGUUUUUGUAUCACAAUUCAAAAUCACACAAUAUCUUCUCGCUUGUUGUUUUUAACAAUUGAGACUGCAUUUGAUGAUUCUUUAAUAUCGCUUAUCAUACCCUCUAUUGCUAUUCACAAUGGGUGGUUCCAGUAUUCGAAUUUGAUUAAACCAAAUCUCAUAGCAGUGUUUCUUAUUUCAUUAGGCAAGUUGGGUGGGGUAAUUGGUAUGUAUUUCGUUCAGAGGAGGGGUAUAAAUGUUAAUUCGAUUUCUAGAUCUUAUUUAAAAUUGUCCCAAUUUACAUUAUUAUCAAUGCUAUCAAUAUUAUUGCUACCAGCUUCUGUCAAGUUGAUUGACUGGCUUGGAUUGAAAGGUUGGGUUUGUGUUUAUAUAUUUGGAUUGGUAUUUUUCCUGUUUUUUUUAUUCAAUUCAUUGCCAAAAGUUUGGUUAUCUACUCUACUGCAAAAUGCAGUAUCUGACUACCAAGUGAGACACAAAAUAUAUUACUUUGUGAGUCUCUUUAUCACUCUAAUAGAUGCACUGGUUAUAAUAGGCCUGAAUUACUCUAUACCUUUACCUAGUACCAGGGGAUACUUUUUGAAGAUGUUGUAUUAUGCUGCAGGUUUUUACAGUGUGUACGGAAUCUUGCAGAUAUUUAUUGGACCAUUUAUGCUCUACUGA